CAAAAAGUUGGUUGACGUGACAUCUCCAAAAACUCCCAUUAAAUUCGCGCCCGAGCCCCAGAUUUUUUCUCGCGUUCCCGAACAUCAAGGUCACAUCAAAGUCAGGAAUACUUCAUCGACAACAAGUAAUAAACGCUAGCGUCCAGCCACGACCUGGCAAUUUGCGCGCCCACCAUUCAUCGCCAGGUUCCACCUGCAGCGUCCCCAGCAGACCGCUCGCCAAACGCCAGGAAUGCCAUAUUCGCCCCAGCUGUAGCUCACCACGAUAAUUAAGUCUCGGGCGGCGCCACAACAACUACAAUCACGAUAUACGGCCUAGCGCGCGGUAACAAAAGUUUGGGGGGUUGAGAGGCUGUUGAAAUCGGCCCACGGGGCCCCGGACAUAUCCAAAGCCCAUCAUGGCGGCCAACACGAACAGGUUCUCGACGUACACGACAGCCUCGGCCGACUCGAAAGAUGGCGAGAAGAAGAAGGACAUGUGGAACUCCAUGCUGGAAUCGGUAGCCAGCGGAAAGCGGCUACCGGAGAAGAACCUACUGGUGCUGGGCGGCACGGUCGAGACACAACGGAGCUUUUUGGAGACUUUAUCGAGUGACUUUAGGAGAACGCUUGACACGGACCAUAUACCUCCCGUUGCGAACCACUUCGCCCUAGGAAAUACCUAUUACGACGUCCUAGACGCGGACCAAGAAGAUAUACUAGCCCGGAUAACCCUCUACUCACUCACAAAGCCCUCAGCCUCCUUCAGCUCCCUCCUCAAGCCUCUCCUCACUCCGCAAACGAUACCAAACACGCUCGUCGUCAUCUUACUCGACUGGUCACAUCCAUGGUUAUGGAUGCGCCAGCUGCGCGAUUGGAUCCUCCUCCUCAGGACGGUACUGGUCAGCCUGAGCAUAGAAGCGAAGGACGCCAUGGAGGAGGUCAUGAUCAGCUGGCGGGACCGCGGCAGGGGUGGCGCAAGCACCAACUUGGAUGGGAGCGGCGUCGCCACCGCUGCCAUGGCGGGGGAUGGUGGUGCCGGUAGCGAUAGCGUCGCUCUGCCGCUGGGACCGGGUGAGUGGGAAGAUGCGCUGGGUUUGCCACUGUCUGUGGUCUGUCAGAAUGCGGACAAGAUCGAUUCGUUGGAAAAGAGGCAAGGAUGGAAAGAGGAGCAGUUUGACGUCGUCAUGCAAUUCAUGCGGACGGUUCUUCUAAAACAUGGUGCAUCGUUGAUUUACACCUCCACAAGCGUGCCGUCGCAAUUACCGAGCCUAAUCCACUCAAGCUUGGGCAUCACCUCACUUCUCAAGAGGCAACCGCUGAAGCACAACGUCAUCGACCGUGACAAGAUUGUCGUACCGCCAAACUGGGAUUCAUGGGGCAAGAUCCGGGUGCUGCGCGACGGUUUCGACGUCGAGAUGGUCAGCGAGGGCUGGUCGAUAGACUUGGAUCAGCCUUUCCCUCGCGAGUCGGCCCGCACCCCCAAUGGCGAUGGGUUGCAUGAGGGCGGUGAGUUUUCCGACACGGAAUCGGACGACGGUGGACGACAGUUGGAGGACGAUCAGGUCGAGGGCUCGGCGGUGUUGCUCUAUGAACAAAAGAUCGAGAACCCAAGCGCGGCGGCACAGCAGCACGCGGCGCUCGAGGACCGCUCGGGCAGGCGCAUGGAGGUAGAGACGGAGGACCACCAGGCAUUCCUCGGGAAGCAGUAUCCAGUCUUGGACGAGUUCCGCAAGACGCUGCAGAAGGAGGAGGACGAGGAGGCCGCGUCCAAAUCCAAGAGGUCGCAACUGCAAGGAGACGGGCCGACGUCCCGGGGUUACAUGGGCUCACACGGCCACGACGACUAUGGCCACGGCCCUAUCGGCGGCGUGCUCGGCGAUCAGAUUGGGCCCGUGCAGUUCAACAUGGGUGGAAUCCAGAUGGAUACGGAUGCUGCGUUCCAGUCCAUUCAGAGGUUGACGGAGCGACAGCAUGCGCAUGAACCCGAGCCCGAACCUGAUGUUGAUGUUGAAGUCGACGAAGGGCCUACGGAUCCCGACCGGAUGCAAGCUUUCUUCGCCGGGCUGAUCCAGAGAGGUAUGGCCAAAUCUGGGGGCACCUGAUUUCGAGGAGAAUAUGUGUGUUAUGUCGAGGGGAUGAUUCGGGGAUAAUCUUGCGGUUCAGCUACGCUAUCUGGGUGCUUUCAUGGAGUCCACUGGCACGUUCAAAACCAUCGACGGGGACAGCCGAUAGCCUGGUGUUUCUACUGUGCUGCGUUGACCAUCGUUGUGUGUUGAAGCCUCCGAGUUGGUUACCAAGACUAAAGACUAGCAUAAGAAGAUCGCGGGUGGGAUGGGAGAAGGUAUGGAAAGGGGGGAGGGGUGUUGGGUUUCAUGCACCUUGUUUGUAGAUUAGAUACCCCAUGUGGAAAAGAGAAAGAAUCAGCGCGAGUUGCGAUAUGUUGACCAGCAACAGACAAUAUCUACC